GCUAUCCACAACCUCAUCCUCUCUCUUUGGUUACACUCACCAGUCACCACCCAACACACACACAUUCCCUUCUUCUUCUACUACUUCUUCUUCUUCUUCACUUGUUACCACUACAUGUUUUAAGCUAAGAUUGAAAAGAGCCCACUUUACACUUUCUCUUUGCUAGCUGCUGCUGCUGCUGCAUUGGGACACCCUUCACUCCAACCAUGGCCUCUGCUGCCCUUUCUGUAGCCAAGCCAUCCCUUCAGGCGAACGGAAAGGGAUUUGCGGAAUUCUCCGGUCUUCGCAACUCCGCCUCGGUCUCGUUCGGGAGGAAGAACUCGGACGACUUCCUCUCCGUCAUUGCCUUCCAGACCUCCUUGAAGGUGGGAAGCAAUGGUGGAUACAGAAAGGGAGUGGUAGAGGCAAAGCUGAAGGUGGCCAUCAAUGGGUUCGGCAGGAUCGGCCGCAACUUCCUGAGGUGCUGGCACGGCCGCAAGGACUCGCCCCUUGAUGUCAUUGUCAUCAAUGACACCGGCGGCAUCAAGCAAGCCUCCCACCUCCUCAAGUACGACUCCACCCUCGGCAUCUUCGACGCUGAUGUCAAGCCUGUGGGCACUGACGCCAUCUCGGUCGACGGCAAGGUCAUCAAGGUCGUCUCCAACCGCAACCCGCUCAACCUCCCCUGGAAGGACAUGGAUAUUGACCUCGUGAUUGAGGGAACGGGAGUUUUCGUGGACAGGGAUGGAGCAGGGAAGCACAUUGAGGCCGGGGCGAAGAAGGUGCUCAUCACAGCGCCCGGCAAGGGCGACAUCCCGACGUACGUCAUCGGGGUCAAUGCCGACCUCUACAACCCGGCCGAACCCAUCAUUAGCAAUGCCUCUUGCACCACCAACUGCCUCGCCCCCUUCGUCAAGGUCCUCGACCAGAAGUUUGGCAUCAUCAAGGGCACCAUGACCACCACCCACUCGUACACCGGCGACCAGAGGCUGCUCGACGCGAGCCAUCGCGACCUCAGGCGCGCCAGGGCUGCCGCCCUCAACAUCGUGCCGACUUCCACCGGGGCGGCCAAGGCCGUGGCCCUCGUCCUGCCGUCCCUCAAGGGCAAGUUGAACGGGAUCGCCCUCCGCGUUCCGACCCCGAACGUGUCGGUGGUCGACCUCGUGGUGCAGGUCUCCAAGAAGACCUUCGCGGAGGAGGUGAACGCGGGCUUCAGGGAGAGCGCCGACAAGGAGCUCAAGGGCAUACUCUCGGUGUGCGACGAGCCCCUGGUCUCUGUCGACUUCCGGUGCUCCGACGUGUCGUCCACGGUGGACGCGUCGCUGACCAUGGUGAUGGGGGAUGACAUGGUCAAGGUGAUUGCCUGGUACGACAAUGAGUGGGGCUACUCUCAGAGAGUUGUGGAUUUGGCCGACAUCGUUGCCAACAACUGGAAGUGAAAAAUCAAAAUCCGGACAUCAUCAUCAUCUUGGAGCUGAUUUUGUUCCCACUCAAGAAAAUGUCUUGUGUAAUUUGGAUUUUUAGAAAGAAAAAAUUACCUAUCUUCUUCUUCUUCUCCUUCUUUUUCCUGAAUCUGUAAUGCGAUUGGGAAUUGCAGGACCACUUCUCAUUUCUUCUCUUUGUUUAUGAAAUAAUUUAGCUUAUAUUCAUUA